UGUCUUUAAACAAGAACCCAAAGCUGUCGUCAACUACUUGUUCGUACUCCUGACUCACUCACUACUCAAACAAACUCACUGCAAAAGUAAUUUAAUAAAAAAAAAGAGAAUAAAGCCUCAUCAAAAAGUAGAUUGAAUUUUCUCGCAGUAAUAACAGUAAGCCGAUCAAAUUCUUCUCCUUCCCAAAUUUUCUGCUCAAAUCUCAAAAAUUCCAGGAGCGGAGCGGAGUUUAAAAUGCGCGAGCUCUGCUUCCAGGCCUCCCCGAAACGCUUGCAGAAAGAUAGGUGCUUGGAUGGGAGUGGACGCAGGAGCAGGGUGCGAGGAGGGGAAGGAGUAGCAUCAUUUGCUGUGCUGCAGUAGUGAAGUGAUCAGACGUCGGUAUGGCAUCUGCUAGCCUAGGGAAUGGUGGAGUUGGCAGUUCAAGGUCUGUGAAUGGCUUCAAGAGUUCGUCUAGUUCGGUUGAUUGGCUGGGGAGGGAGAUGCUCGAGAUGAGCUUGCGGGACAAGCCGGAUCGUGAUGACGAUAGAGUAAGCCGUGAUAGCGAACCGGAUGUAAUUGAUGGAGUGGGUGCUGAAACAGGACGUGUAAUACGAACGACUGUUGGUGGUCGAAGUGGUCAAUCUAGGCAGACAGUAAGCUAUAUUUCAGAACAUGUGGUUGGAACUGGUUCUUUUGGGGUUGUUUUCCAGGCGAAAUGUAGAGAAACUGGAGAGAUUGUUGCUAUCAAGAAGGUGCUCCAAGACAAGCGCUACAAGAACAGGGAGUUACAGAUUAUGCAGAUGUUGGAUCAUCCAAACAUUGUUGCCCUAAAGCAUUGCUUCUUCUCAACCACAGACAAAGAAGAGGUUUACUUGAACCUUGUACUUGAAUUCGUUCCUGAAACAGUGAACCGCAUUGCGAGGAACUAUAGUAGGAUCAGCCAGCGAAUGCCCAUAACAUAUGUUAAACUUUAUACCUAUCAGAUAUGCAGGGCACUUGCUUAUAUACAUAAUUGUAUUGGAAUCUGUCACCGUGAUAUCAAGCCUCAGAACUUACUUGUGAAUCCACACACGCAUCAGCUGAAACUUUGUGAUUUUGGGAGUGCAAAAGUGUUGGUGAAAGGAGAACCAAAUGUUUCUUACAUCUGCUCAAGAUAUUAUCGUGCUCCAGAAUUGAUAUUUGGUGCCACUGAGUACACAACAGCUAUUGAUAUAUGGUCUACAGGUUGUGUGAUGGCUGAAUUACUUCUUGGCCAGCCCUUGUUUCCUGGCGAAAGUGGAGUGGACCAACUAGUUGAGAUAAUUAAGGUUUUGGGGACUCCAACCAGGGAGGAGAUAAAGUGCAUGAAUCCAAACUAUACUGAAUUUAAAUUCCCACAGAUAAAGCCUCAUCCGUGGCACAAGGUAUUCCAAAAACGCUUACCCCCAGAGGCAGUAGAUCUUGUUUGUAGGUUUUUCCAGUAUUCCCCGAACCUGCGAUGUACUGCUUUGGAAGCUUGCAUUCACCCUUUCUUUGAUGAAUUGAGAGACCCAAAUACUCGUCUUCCUAAUGGUCGCCCUCUUCCUCCUCUAUUCAACUUUAACCCCCAGGAGCUUCAAGGAAUUCCAACGGACAUAGUCAACCGACUUAUUCCAGAGCAUGCCCGUAAGCAGAACUUAUUCAUGGCUUUGCACACCUAGCAACUUCCACGAGCGUCUGCUGCUUCUGCACACCAUCACAACUCCAGUAUGUUCCUGUAUCAACAUAUGUAAAAUCUCUCUUACCUUUUCACUUGUCAUCGUGUGUCCUGUGACUGUGAGUAGUACGAGUGUUGCAACUGUUUGCGAAACAAGUUAGGAAAAUCCGAAGAUUUAAGUUUGCAUGCGGAUAGAGGUAGUUUUGUAUGCUUAUUUGAGGACCAAAUAUAGAUAAUAUCUAUGUUACUGCGACUCCCACUGCGAGGAAUAUGAGAUAAAGACCGGUAAUAUGUAUACGCCAAGAGUUUCUUUUUUCUUUCUUC